UGUCGGAGACGAGUUCGGUCAGCUCUGGAUCGACAGUGAGCUCAGGCAGCCGGCUGCUACAGCUGGCUCACAGGGGAGAAUGGUGUGCUCUGGAACAGACUCUGAGGAGCAUGGAUAAAGGAGACCGAGACAUCACUCUCUCCGAUGAAGAAUCCGGUCUGACACCACUUUUGAUCGCUAUUCGAGAAAACAAGGAUGGAAGAACCGCACUACACAUGGCCGCAGCACAUUCGAAGGAUGAAAUUGUUCGCCUGCUGCUGACAAAGAGGUUGGACCCGAACCUGACAGGAGGGAACAAGGAUCAGUUACCACUACACUAUGCAGCUAGUCGACCCAGUGGUGCACUCAACAUUGUUCAGACUCUGCUGAAAUUCUCAAACAAAGAUGCUCGAUUAGUGCAAGAUAAGGAUGGUUGCAUCCCAGUGUUCUUAAGUGUUGAAGUUGGUAAUAUUGCGGUCUGCAAGGAACUGCUCAGUGUUAAUGCUGAUCUGCAGCUCAGGACCCAAAGGAAGGAUAAUGGUGACACUGUCUUGCACAUUUGCUGCAGAAAGCGAGACACUGAACUGGCUAAACUCCUUGUGGAGUUAGGUGCUGGUGUUGAUUUUCAAAAUGAUGAUGGUCAGACUCCCUUACAUGUUGCUGCCUGGGAAGGAGAUGAAUUGAUGUUGAAACUCUUCUAUCAGUACAAAGCCAACCCAAACAUCACUGACAAGUUGGAUCGGUCCCCAUUACACAUCGCUGCUGAACGAGGACACACAAAUGCUGUUGAAGUAUUGACAGGGAAAUUCAAGUCUAACGUGUUAGCCCGAACCAAGGAUGGAAGUACACUGAUGCACAUUGCCUCACAGUGUGGCCACCCUGACACAGCACUGGCCUUUCUGAAGAAAGGGGUCCCUUUGCAUAUGCCCAACAAGUCAGGAGCAGUUUGUCUGCACGCUGCAGCGAGGAAAGGCCAUACGGCUGUCGUGAAAGCUUUACUCCAGAAGGGAGCACACGUUGAUGCUAAAACAAAGGAGUGCUACACGGCCCUACACAUUGCAGUACAGCACUGCAAGCCCAUGGUGGUACAGACUCUCCUGGGCUUUGGGGCCCAGGUGCAACUGAAAGGAGGCAAGGCUCAGGAGACUCCACUGCACAUUGCAGCUCAGGUGAAGGAUGGUGAGAAAGUGGCAGAAAUACUGCUGAAAAGUGGGGCUGAUGUAAAUGCUGAUCAAGAGAAUGGUGAAACGGCUAUGCAUGUUGCAGCACGUCACGGCAAUUUGAAAAUGAUCCAGGCCCUGAUUGACGAGGGUGGAGAUUUAACUUGGCAAUCAAAGGUUGGAGAGAAUCCAUUGCACAUUGCAGUCCGACACUGUCAUCUCAGUGUUGUGGAAGAAAUCCUCAGCUACCUGACCAAUCAGAGGAGCCACAUGGAGGCCACUGCAUGUGUCAACCAGGAAAACAAGAAAGGAGAAACAUGCCUACACCUGGCAGCAGAGAUUAAGAAAGACAUGGUUCACUUUCAACAAGAAGACACUCAGAUUGUUAAACUUCUCAUGGAAUAUGAAGCUGAUAUCACUUCAACAACCAAAGUGACACAUGAGACUCCAUUGCACUAUUGUGCACAUGUCGGGAAUGCUGAAGUUCUUCUUGAGAUCUUGAAAUACAUCAGUUCCAAUAGAAUCCAGCAGGUCAUCAAUAAGCAAUCUCAGAACGGAAGUUCGCCAUUGCUUUUGGCUGCAGAGAGAGGGCACACAGAGAUGGUGAAGAUAUUGCUGCUAAACCAUGCCAGGGUAGAUGUUUUUGAUGAGCAUGGUAAAGCGGGACUUCACUUGGCAGCCGAGAAUGGGCAUGAUCAGAUCUCAGACAUCCUGCUAUGGCACAAGGCCUUUGUCAAUGCCAAAACCAAGCUCGGCCUGACUCCUCUACACCUGGGAGCACAGAAUGGUUACAACAAGCUGGUAAAGCUUCUAGUGGAGACCCACACAUCUAGUAUUGAUGCACUAUCUUUGUCGAAGCGGACUCCUCUCCACUUGGCAGCAGGGAAUGGACAGCUCGAUGUUUGCAACAGUUUACUCAAGAUGAAGGCAGACGUGAAUGCCACUGAUAUUCAUGGACAAACACCACUCCACCUGGCAGCGGAAAAUGACCAUUCUGAGGUUGUGAAACUCUUCCUCAAACAGAAACCGGAACUGGUGACUUCUGCAAACAUGGAAGGCUCCACCUGUGCUCACAUUGCCGCAUCAAAGGGAAGUGUCGCCGUGAUAAAAGAGCUACUAAAAUUCAAUAAAGCUGGAGUCACUACUGCACGGAACAAGACCAAAGACUCCACUCCACUCCAUCUCGCUGCUGCUGGAGGUCAUGCUGAGGUUGUUAAGGUUUUGUUGGAGGCUGGUGCAUCCGCCACUGAUGAAAAUGCGGAAGGAAUGAAUGCAAUUCAUUUAGCUGCUAAAAAUGGGCACAUUAAUGUCCUGGAAGCUCUGAAAGGCACUGUAUCCUUUAAAAUAACCAGCACUAAGACUGGAUUCACUGCUCUUCACGUGGCUGCGCAUUUUGGCCAGAUGGACUUUGUGCGGGAGAUUCUCACCAAGGUACCAGCAACCAUACGCAGUGAGAAUCUGAAGAACACCAAUGAGGGACAACUGAUGAAGGAGCACACAACCGAGUCAGGGUACACACCAUUACACCUGGCAGCACAGUCUGGGCAUGAGAACUUGGUACGACUUCUGCUUAACUACCCUGGCGUUCAGGUGGACACUCAAACCAGCUUACAGGGUUCCACACCCCUCCACCUCGCAGCCCAGAAUGGCCACACUGCAGUCAUCGGCCUCCUGCUGAGUAAGUCCACCUCCCAGCUGCACCUCAAAGACAAGAGAGGACGCACCUGCCUGCACCUGGCAACAGCUAAUGGUCACAUCGAGAUGGCACGAGCUCUGCUUGGCCAGGGGGCAGAGAUUAACGUCACAGACAAGAAUGGUUGGACCCCACUGCAUUUUGCAGCCAAGUCUGGUUACCUGGAUACAGUGCAGUUUCUGGUGGAAAGUGGAGCUUCUCCCAAGCUGGAAUGUAAGGAAGGAAAGACUGCCCUUCAGUAUGCAGCAGCUGACCACCACCAAGAGGUGGUGAGCUUUUUAAUCCGAAAGAAUAAUAUCACCCUUAAACUAACAGAGGAUCGCAAGUUCAUCUUUGACCUCAUGGUUUGUGGAAAGCUCAACAGGAACAAGGUCAUUGAAGAGUUUGUUUUGCACUCAGCUGCCCCCAUGGACACUGCCAUCAAGCUGUCCCGUGCUUUCAGCAUCACAGCUCUGAAGGAGAAAGAGAGAUCCAUGGAGCUCCUGGAAGCAGCCAAGUACUGCGAAAACAUGGCGGCUGAGCUCCUGACUGUGGCAUCCGGUUGCCGGAGUGCCGGAUACUUGCUCCGUGCCGUGGACCAUCGUGGCACCACAAUGCUGGACUCCCUUAUAGAGUGUGAGCAGAAGGAUGUGGUGGCUCACCCAGCGGUUCAGAAAUACCUAACCGAUGUCUGGUACGGGAACUUGAAGUGGGCCCACUGGAAGAUAGUCCUUCUGUUCUUUGUCUUCCUCAUUUGCCCCCCGAUCUGGCUGAUGUUCUCCCUUCCGCUGAGGCACCAGUUCAACAGGAUUCCAAUCAUGAAGUUCAUGAGCCAUUUGGUUUCUCACAUCUUCCUCCUGGUGCUAUUUAUAUUAACCAUUGUCUACCCCCCACUCAGCCCAAUGUAUGAGGGGCGGACUUUGCCAGGCUGGAAUGAGUGGCUGUUGUUGGCUUGGCUUUCAGGAAUGCUGGUCUCGGAACUGACCCAUCCUGGGGAGAGGGCGGGACUAGCGUGGAUACGGAUUUUCAUCCUGGCGUUUUCAGCCAUUGCUGUCUCCUGCCACCUGCUUGCAUUUGCUUUCCACGACCACGACCGGCUGCACUGCUUCUUCGCCCGAAACAUUUUCCUCGCAGUGGCCAUGACACUUUGCUUUGUGCAGUUUUUGGAGUUCCUGACAUUUCACCACCUCUUCGGCCCCUGGGCCGUCAUCAUCCGAGACCUGAUGAAGGACCUGGCCAGGUUUGCAGUAAUUCUGGCCCUAUUCCACAUAGCCUUUACCAUGCAACUUUCCGCGGUUUACCAGCCUGUGUAUCCAGCUGUGCUGGGCAGUCCAGCUGCCAGAAAUGGUUCGGAUUCAGAAGGCAAUGCUUACGAUGUCCAAGACCCUUUGGAUAUUACUGUCCUGCUAUUUUUUGCUCUGUUCGGUAUGGUGGAUCCAGACACGUUACCUCCAUUGCAUCGGACACCUACUUUCACCCAAUUCAUUGUCAGAUUUGUAUUUGGAAUGUACCUUGUCAUGACCCUAAUUGUCCUCAUUAAUUUGCUAAUUGCCAUGAUGAGUGACACCUAUCAGCGGAUCCAGGCGCAGUCAGACAUCGAGUGGAAGUUUGGAAGGGCCAUGCUGAUCCGUGACAUGAUCAGGAAAUCAGGGACCCCUUCUCCGUUCAACCUGUGCACCAAUCUUUUCUAUUACAUCAAAAUGCUGUGCAAACAUAGGGGUAAGCUGUGCUCCACUGAGGGCAGGGAGCUGAUGAAUGAAGAAGAUGACCUUGACACAAUAUCAGAUACACACUCUAUAGACAUGUUGGCACAUACAUCUGUUGGUUGGAUUCGAAACACCUCAAAGAGAACAACGCAAAUCUCACCUGAAGGUUUCUUAAGAGGCAUAAGGCAAAAUGGUCCGAUGCAAAUUGAAGAUGCUAUUGACUGGCACAAUGUGGUGAUUCGUUACUUAACAAUGAAAGGGCAGACGGAUGCUGGCUUGGUCUUGAUACAGCUGCAGUACGAAGGAAGGCCCAGAGUCUAUAAGUGUGAUUUUGGCACUAGUUGCCAAAUGCCAGUAUUGUCGAAAUCAUGAGGGGCAGCCCAGACAGAUUGCAGUGUUUCUUCGUGAAGUAUGUAAGAAGCCAGUGCAGUGAUGUGUGCCUCAUUCAAGGACAUCAGCUACGUUAGAAACAGUUUUCUGUCAUGCAAUGGUGAUCUGUGGAGCAGUAUGUUUAUAAUCAUUGAUGAAAUGCGGUUGAGUGUGACAUAUUUUUAAUUCAUUGCAGAGUUAUGACUGCAUGUGCUUCAGAAGCAUCACCUCCAUAUCUAAGUGCCUAUUUGGUGGGGACCCGAACAUAACGCAGUGUGAUUUUUAAAAUAUGCUCAACAUGACAUGACAAAAGUUUGUCUUGCAACAUGUGUUUUACAGUUUUUCAUGAAAAUGUACCUCUUUAAAGUGGUGAUUCAUUGCUUUUAUUCAAAUAAUGUACUUAUUUUAGCAAAUAAUGCUGAGAGAAAUACACCAAAAAAGGAAAAUAAGGAAUGACAGUGAGUUGCGAAUGUUUAAUAGUAAUAUAAACUUCCUACGUUCCUCGUUUACUUAUCAUUCUGUAUUGCUUUACUUCCUGAUGGAAUUGUGAAGCAUUGAAGUCAGUGCCUGACCUAUGGAUUUUUGCUUAAUGUCUCAACUCUGUUUAAUACGUGCUAUAAUAACACAUUCAGAGUCUAACUUUAUUUUUGCUCCAGAUAAAGCAAACUCCUAGCAGAUUGAUCAGAAGCUGUAGCAGUGCAGUUUGGGAUUGAGAAUUUCCUUCAUGUUUUUAAAGCUACUUCUCUAUUCCCUCUCAUGAUCCUCCUCAGCCAUCCUCAGCGAAAGGGGGUAAAUAAAUGUUCUGAUUCCAAGGCAUCUUCCAUAAAUAUUGCUCUGAAGCAUGCUCCCAAAGUGUGCAUUGGGAUGACUUUGAAUCAAGCCCAUCACCACAGCAGGUUGAACUUCUGCGACCAGAAACAAAUCAUCAUUAAUAUUUCUGAGUAUCUUGGAUUAAUUUUAAUUUUGCUCCAUCCCCACACUGCCCCUCAACCUUCAAUCCCUGUGAUGCCUCUGUUGCUCACAUUAACUGUGAAGGAGGCCUUAACGUGGUUGGAAUGAUGACUCAGUAGUAGUACUGCUGCCUCAAGUGUCAGGAAACUGGGUUUGAUUCCAGCCUUGGGGAAAUGUCUGUAUGGAGUUUGCAUGUUCUCCCCAUGUCAGCUGGGUUUCCUCUGGGUGCACUGGUUCCCCCCAUUGCCCAGAGAUGUGUAGGCUUGGUGGACUGGCCAUGCUAAAUUGUCCCGUAUUUUCCAGGGAUGUGAAGGAAAUGGCAUUAGCCAUGGGAAAUGCAGGGUUACAGGGUGGGGUGUAAAUAAUUUAGAUCUAGUCUGUGUGUGACUGUGACUGUGUGUAUGAUGCUCUUUGGAGGAUUGGUAUGGACGUGAUGGACCGAAUGGCCUGCUUCCACACUGUAGUGAUUGCAGUGCAUGAACCUAUUUUUGCAUCAGAUUCCUUUCAGGUGAGAGUUAGAGAUACCUCAAACAUCUCAUAGUGUGCUGGCCGUUGUUGCAGAAUAGAGGGGAGAAAGAGGCCCUCGAGUAAAUGAGAGCAAACAAUUCAAUCUGUCUUCCAUUUACUGCACAGGCAUUGCUUUACUUGCACUGAGGGAUUCCACUCCACCAACGAGGGCAACCACUGAUGACAUGGUGACUUCCACAAGCCCAUUGUGCAUGCUGUAUGAAGUUUGGUAGGAAAGGUUAUUGACAUGCUGAAACAUUGCCUGCUGCCUGGAUCACCCUGUGUUAUUCAGAGGAGCAGACCCGUUCCCAGUCAUCCACUGAAUGCUCCAUCAUGAGGGAAUAUCCUUUGCCAUGACCUACAUAGCAGAGAACCAGGAGUGUGAGAGGAAAGGAAACCUAGAUUGGCUGAAAAACUCAUCCCAGUCAAUACCAGUAACUCCUUACCCAAUUCCCAAUUCCAGUGUCUCAAAUUCUACCUUCUCUCCGUCAUUGACCACCACAGCAUCGAUUUGGCCACAAUGGACAAAUAAAAGUCACCUGUAAAAUAAGUCAAAUUUACAAAAGAACUCAUGCCAUACUGCAUACAAAAAUCAACUAUUCACCCCUGUGCAUUCUCUGAAUGCCUAACUUUCAAUUGCCUUUGGCUCUCCUAAUACUCAAGUAACUAUCCAACUUCAAUGGAUACAGCACGGCUGGUAAAAGUUUCUGACUUUCAUUGAAGGAUAUUAGGGCUACCUUUGAGGACUACACUGAGUGGCUCAGGGUCUGGAAAGAGCUAAAUGCCUGAUUUUGGGGAUAACCAUAUUCGAUAUGUGUCCGGAUGAAUGGUAGGGAUGAAUGGUGGGGGCUUGCGGUUUAUUCAGUGUCUUAAACUAAUGGUGUAGCUUCAGUCAAUACAGUGUGGAGCAGUUCUAAGGAGUCCAGAUGAAGGGUCCCAACCCAACUUUCCUGCUCCUUUGAUGCUGCCUGACCUGCUGUGUUCCUCAAGCUCCACACUGUAUUGACUCUGACUCCAGCAUCUGCAGUUCUUGAUGUCUCUGCUUAUGUUAGUUGUAAGAUGUUAUCAACAAUACUACCAAGUAACACAUGGACAACAUUCAAGGCUAUGAAUCAAGUACUGAAAAGUGGAGUUAAUAUGGAUAGGUUGACACAGACUCUGUGGGCUGAAGGGACUCUUUUGUGUUAUAUGAUUCUGUGAUAUGGACAAAGUUGAACCCCGGAGAUGGAGUAAGAGUGACUGCCCUUGACAGCAAAGCAGUGUUUGACUGAGUGUGGCAUCAAGAUGCCCAAAAGGCAAAACUGAAGUCAGUCGGCAAUUUAGGGAGUUGGGUGCAGGGGGUGGACUCUUCUUUGGUUGGAGUGUCACACUUGACACACAGGAAGAAGGUUGUGAUUUUUGGAGACCAAUCAUGUCAGUCCCAAGUUUCACUGCAGGAGUUCCUCAGGGUGUGAUUUCAACACAGUAAUCAGCAGCUGCUUCACUAAUGGCAGGAUAAGGUCAGACAUGGGGACUCCUCCAACACUGGAGUGGUCCAUACUGAUUUACACCGAGUCAUGAACCACAUUCAGACUUAAGCUGAUACAUGGCAGGCAUCAUUCAUGCCAUACAAGUGCCAUUCAAUGACCAUUUCCAUCCAGAGAGAAUCUAACCAUCAUCCCUAGCCAUUCAAAGGUGCUCCCAUCACUGAAUCACCCACUGUUAACAACCUGGGGGUUAACAUCGACUAGAAACAGAACUAGACCAUCAUGUAAAUAUUGUGGCUAUGAGAGCAUUUCAGUGACUGGAUAUUUGGAGGCAUGCAAUUCAUCUCCGGUCUCCACAAAUCCUGUCAAUAAUCUCCAAGACACACGUCAAGGAUGUGAUGGGAUAUUCUCUACUUGCCUGGAUAAAUGUAGCUCCAAAAAUGAUCAAGAAGCUUAACAUCAUCCAGUAUAAAGCUGCCCCUUCAGUGUUCACUGCCUGCACUGAUGCACAAUGGCAGCAUGUGCAUUAUAUAUAAGGUCCAUUGCAACACUCAUCAAUGCUCCUUCAAUAUCACCUCCCGACUCCACAAUCUCUGCCAUCUAGAGAGACAAGGGCAGCAGUUGUGUGUGAAAGCCAUGACCUGAAGGUCACACGCCAUUCCGACUUGGAACAUUAUGCCUUCACCAUCACUGGGCCAAACUCCUAGAGCUCCCUUCCUAACAGUACUGUAGGUGUACCAGUCCAGUUUGCCUGAAGUAGUUCAAGAAGGCAGCUUAUUACCAACUUCUCAGGGGCAACUAGAAAUGGGCAACAAAUAAUGGCUAUGCCAGUAAAAUCCACAUCCCACGAAAAAAUAAAAAUGCUCUCUAAAUUAUUUACACUCUCCUUGCCCUGUUUAUUGCCAUUUCAGUUCUCUCAUAGAUAUUUUAUACUCCCUACUUAGUUCCCUACUAAAUUGAGAACCCUGGACUUAUUACGUAUUUUUUGUUUCAUUUUAAUUUCAAUGUCUUUAGUUAUCCAGGGAAGCUCCAAAUGUGAAUGCCCAUUUCAUUGCCCCUCACAGGCUUUUGACUGUUUCAUGUUAUCAUUAGACAUAAGAGUAGGAGUCAGCCACAUUGCCCAUCAAGUCCACUCCACCAUUCAUCAAAUUCAUGGCUGACCUGUUAGUCCUUAAUUCAAUUUUUUUGCCUUUUCCUCAUAACCCUCAAUUCUCAUACUGAUUAAAAUUCCAUCUGUCUCACCCUUGAAUUUACUCAUCAACCAGCCUCUACAAUCUCUGCCAUAAAGAAUUCCACAUAUUUACUGUCCUCUGAGAGAAAAAGUUCUUCCUCAUCUUUGUCUUAAAUCGGUGACCCUUACCCUGAGUUUAUAUGUCCUAGACUCUCUGACAAGAGAGACAACUUUCCACUUCUCCCUCAUAAUGUCCGCUAAGAAUCUUGUAUGUUUCAAUAAGUCAUCUUGCAUUCUUAUGAACUCCAAUGAUUACAAGACCAAAGUACUUAACCGAUCCUCAUAGGUAAAUCAUUAGCUUUGUUGGUUAACUACGUUUGGUUUAGCCCCACCCUCACACAUAAAUCUUUGAAACGUGCUUUUAACUUCACAGCUGUAAUUACACUUUGUCAUUUUGCCUGUGACUAAGUAUGAAUCACAAGGUUAUUAUCGUGGAGGGUCUGCUUUGUAAUGUAGAUUCCAAUUGUUCAAAGUCCUUUUAUCACUCUCUCCUUUCUAGUCUUACGUGAGGUCAUUGGUACAACGUGGAAGACAGCAACUGGAUCUCUCCCCAUUGACUCCUAAUUCCUCUCCUGUCCUGAGGACAUGUCCUUAAUCCUGCCGUAAGCAGACAGCACAUCCUUGGGCUACACACUCACAGUAACUUUCCCCUCAGUUACACUGUAAUUGUUGACAAUUGCAGGGGCUGAGGCUCCUCAAACACUGUCUCCUGGAUACCCAUGCCUGUCUGGCCUGCAGUCACUCCCUUCUGUCCCUGAUCAUAAACCAAACUUGAAUUAUUUACUCUGAAGGGUAUACCCAUCUCCUGGAGCAAAGUAUCCAGGUAGUUUUCCACCCUCCCCGUUGUGGCAUAAUGUCUGCAGUUUGGACUCCAGCUCCUCAACUUAAAUCCAAAAUUCUAUGAGCUACAAACAUUUACUACAGUGAUAAUGGGAACUGCAGAUGCUGGAGAAUCCAUUAUAAUGAAAUGUGAG